AUGGAUAAAGGAACACCCGAUCGCUUGCCCGAGGGGCAAACUGAAAAGAGAUGGUCCGACUAUGUGGAGCUCAGCAGGUAUUUCAGCAGCAUCACGGUGAAACGCUGCCAGUCGACGCCUUGCAUGUCCCUCACAAGGACAACGUCUCCCUCUCCGCCUCCGUCUCUGUCUCCGGCGCUGACAGCGGCAAUGCCGGCCAGCCCCAAUCUGAGCUUAUCCUGGCAGCUGGCCUGCAAUCCUGUAGACGCUGAUCAACGGCAGGUAUACAGUGCACAAAGGCAGCAGGGGGCCGGCUUUCUGCACUGUAAGGGUUGCAGACAAGCGGACAUGAUAUCUCUGAAUUGUGGCGAGGGCAUGAAGAGAAAGAAGCGAAGACAACGCAGUGUACGAACGAAUCCGCAACAAGCAAGAUGCUCAAACGAGAUGCCCAAGAUCGUGGUUGUGGAUGCGACAAUGCUGCGUGCCUACUGGAACCAAAGGCAAGGCGAUGCCGAUAUUGGCGACAAGAGCCACGAGAAGAACGAAAAACAACAACAACAACAACAACAACAACAGCAACAACUGCAGCAGCAGCAUUCGCAUUGGAUUAAACAGCUUCGACUGCUAUGCAUUGUUCUAUGGGCGCUACUCUUGCCCCUACCUGGCCACGCCCAGCAGCAAAAGUUUCGCACAACGCCGCACGAUCUGCAGGUGCUGGAGGGCGCCGAGGCGAUGAUGCGCUGCGAGGUGGCCAACGUAGCCGGCGCCGUGCAGUGGACCAAAGAUGGCUUCGCCCUGGGCUUCUCAGCUGUGAUACCCGGCUUUCCGCGGUACUCCGUGCUGGGUGAUCGCAAACAGGGUGUCUACAAUCUGCGCAUAUCCAAUGCGUCCAUCAAUGAUGAUGCCGAGUAUCAGUGCCAGGUGGGGCCAGCGCGCCUCAACUCGGCCAUACGGGCGAAUGCCAAGCUGACCGUCAUAUCGCCACCCUCAUCGAUCGAGAUCAAAGGCUACAGCCACAACUCCAAAGUGGAAGUGCGCGAGAACCAGGACCUUACGCUCAAAUGCAUCGUGGCCAACGCGAAGCCGGAAGCACAAAUCGUUUGGUAUCGUGGAAACGUCGAAUAUAAGCCAGAUAAACGCGACGAUAAGGUGGAGGAAUCGACACCGAAACGCUAUACAACAACGUCCAGCCUGAAGCUGAAGCCCGGCGCGAACGAUGACUAUACGGAAUACACCUGCCAAGCGAAGCACAAGGCUCUAUCGCCGGAUAUGCCCAUGCGUGCCACCGUGCAACUGUCCGUGUUGUAUCCACCCGGACCACCCUAUAUCGAGGGCUAUUCGCCCAGCGAGACACUGCGACGCGGCCAGACGGUGGAGCUGAUUUGUCGCAGUCGCGGCGGCAAUCCGCCCGCGCAGCUCAUUUGGUAUAAAAACAACUCGCAGAUACGUAUGGCCUACAGAACCUCGGGCCGGCUGUCGGAAAACAUUUACACAUUUACCGCCGAGGCGGGCGACAACAAGGCGCGCUUCCGAUGUGAGGCGAGCAAUGUGAUGUCCCAGACACCGCUCAAGGCGGAAGUGGAUUUGACUGUUCUGUUCGCACCUUCGCAAGUGACGGUGACGGGUCCGACAGAAGCACGCGUCGGCGACGUUGUGCCCUUGACGUGCGCUACAGCGCCAUCGAAUCCGCCCGCCGAGAUCAAGUGGAUGGUUGGUGGCCGCCAGAUACGCAAUGCCACAUCGAAGACUGCCGUCAGUGCCGAGGGCGGCUGGACAACCAGCUCGAACAUCACGACCAUCGUGGAGCCCAAUAAGCGUUCCCUGGUGGUCAUCUGUCAUGGCCUCAACAUGCAGCUCACCGAGAAUGUUGUCUCCACGCACACGAUUAACGUUCUAUAUCCGCCCGCGCCGCCAUUAAUUUCGGGCUAUAUGGAGGGACAAAUUAUACCAGCCGGGUCGGUGCAAAAACUGCUCUGUGUCUCAUCGGGCGGCAAUCCGCUGGCAACGUUAACGUGGUAUAAAAACGACAAGCGGAUCAACUCCGUCAUUCGGGCCGCAGACAAAUCCGUUUCGGCCGAAAUAACUAUUUUGGCCAACGUCACCGACAACCAGGCGCAAUACCGUUGCGAGGCCUCGAACAGCGCCACGGAGAUACCACUUUUUGAGUCUACGACGCUGAGUGUUCACUUUGCGCCAGAGACGGUAAAAAUACGCAUUGAACCGGAAGAGCUGCGACCUGGCAUGGAGGCGACCAUCAUUUGCGACUCGAGCUCGAGCAAUCCACCGGCAAAGCUGUCCUGGUGGAAGGAUGGGAUUUCCAUUGAAGGCAUUAAUAACACGUCCAAGCCAGGCCUCUGGGGCGGCACGGUCUCCACGCUCGAAUUCAGGCUAAACAUCACCCAGGAAAUGAACGGUGUGGUCUACACUUGCCAAAGCGCCAACGAGGCGUUGCAGCGCAGCGUCCACGAGGCAAUCAGCCUGAAUGUGCUGUAUCGUCCCAAGUUUGUGCCGCCGCCCUCGUCGACGUCAGUUGGCCUAGAGGGAGAGUCCUUGCAGGUACCGCUGCAGGCCAAUGCAAACCCUGCCCUAAUAAGCUACACUUGGACAAAGAACGGCACACCCAUACCGCAAGACACCAGCGGCAGCGUCUCCGCCGGCGAGCAUCGCAUCUUUGCGGAUGGCGCUGUCCUCAACUUUACCAAAUUGCAUCGCGAAGAUUCCGGCAUCUACUCCUGCACGGCCAGCAACUCCCAGGGCAAGGCCAGCAUCAAUAUAACCGUUGUGGUGGAAUAUGGCACCGCCAUUAAGUCCGUCUCGGAGAAUAUCAUUGUCAAUCCGGGCGAGGAUGCCAUGUUGUCCUGCACCGUUGAGGGCAAACCGCUCGCCGACGAGCAUGUCAAAUGGGAGCGAGUGGGCUACGACAUGAAAGUAAAGACCACAACAACCUUUACCAAUGGCACCGCCUAUCUGCACAUUAAGAACGCGCAACGCGAAGAUGUCGGAAACUUUCGGUGCGUGGCCGACAACCACGUGGCCAAUCCCACCAAUAGAGAUGUGCUGCUUAUAGUCAAGUUCGCGCCGGAGAUCGCCAAGUCGCCGACGCUGCUGCGUGCCGCGAGCGGAACUGGGGAACGGGGCCGACUACCCUGCCGAGCGCAGGCCUCUCCGAAGCCGCAGUUCGUUUGGCGUCAGAACGGUAAAGAUCUGCCCAUCAAUCACACAUUCAAAUACGAGCUGGAAGAGCGUAAAAUCGACUCGCUUACCUACGAGUCCUCGCUGAUUGUGGAGAAGGUGGCGCCCGCCGACUAUGGCGCCUACGAGUGCGUGGCACGCAAUGAGUUGGGUGAGGAUGUCGAAACGGUUCGUCUGGACAUUACCUCCCAGCCAGAGCCACCGCUCAGUCUUAAUAUACUGAAUGUUACCCAUGACACUGUCACCGUAGCCUGGACGCCAGGUUUUGAUGGCGGCCUGAAGGCCUCCUAUCGCGUCCGAUAUCGGAUGGCCGACCGCGAGCAGUACAAAUACAUUGAUGGGCUUCCCAACAGCCACAAGCUGACCAUCGGCGGGCUGCGGAUGAAUACGCUGUAUCUGUUUUCGGUUAUGUCGUGGAAUGAUUUGGGCCAGAGCUCCUACCUGCCGGAUUUGGCGCGUGCCCAGACCAAAGAAGCGCCGCCUCCCUCGCAACCGGCUUCCUCGCUGGGCGGUGGACCGCCAACCACUAGUCAGACACCGCUGGGUGGCACAUCGGGCAUACUGCUAGUCGGCAUCGCGGCGGGAAUCACAUUGGUUCUGCUCAACGUGCUUCUCAUCGGCUGCUGUAUUCACAAGCGCAACGAGAAGCGUCUUAAGCGAGUGGCGGAAACUACAAAUCAACCAGGCAAAACGGCGACCAUCGAAAUGUACGCGCCCAGUUCGUACAAUGACACCGUCACCGGCGAGACACUGUCCAGCGUGUCGGAGAAGAGCGAGUCCUACUCCAAUGAGGGCAGUCAACCGGAAUAUAUUGACGAAGCACGCAAGAAGGCGGCAUCGACAUAUCUGGUUGAGAGCACGGACAUGCCACCACCCAGAUACCAAAAGGAUGGCACACUGCCAGCAUUAUAUCCAAAUAAUAUGGUCAACGCCUGCACGCUACCACAUCCGCGGCAUAACAACGGGCACGCAGCCGCGCUUGCCGCCGCCGCUGCCGCUGGCCACAUGACGCGCGACGAUCAGAUGCUCAUCAGCAAGGGCGUCUAUAUUCCGUCCCCAUCGCCAGCACCGCCAACGGAUGGCUCCUAUUACAACAUGAACAGCGACAGAUAUUUGUCGUAUCCGCCAAUGGAAUACCCGGCAACACUGGACUUCAGUGGGCCGCCGCUGCCGCUGGCGCAUCUGCAGCCGAUGCCCAUUACGGUGACCUCACAGGCGGCGCUGCUGGCGAGCAAUGGAGGUGCCACGCUUAUGGGCAAUGGCAGCGCUGUGGGCGGUUCGGGCACAUUGCGCCGCGGUAUAUUGCGCGGCGUAGUGGGCGUGCCGCCGCCCGAUGUUACGCAUCACACCUCAGCCGGCGGCACGCCAUCCAUGCAAAUCAUGCACGACCUGCAUCCGGUAAAUCUGAGCGCAACAACGCUGACAACUAGCACCACGCUCAAUGGCAGCAUGACGACGGCCCUGCCAUUGACAACGGCCACGCUGCCUCGGCAGCCGCACGGCAUCCUCAAGGAUCCUAAUCGCAACAAGCAGCAGCAGCAGCAACAGCAGCAGCAGCAGCAGCAGCAGCUGCUUAACGCCAGCCUGGUGGGCGUGCCCGUCUCCGCGGCCGUUGGCAGCCUCCAGAUCCUAAAUCUGCCCGUGACCAGCGCGGCGCUGGGCAACAACUUGCUGAUGACAACCAGCGCCACCUACGACCCCGCCUCGCUGAGCAGCUUCAAUGCGAGCGGUGCCGGCGGCGUACCGGUAGCCUACACAGAUGCGGACGGACAUCUCGUAUAGCUAUAGGCAGAGACUGGGGCCAGCACUGAAACCCGGUACUGAGCAGCCAGCCCCCAGAUGGGGAGACAGAAGACGUCAGCCGUCAGCACCUGAGUGUUUGUCGGCCUGUUAGUCUGUCUGUCUUUCUGUCCAUUGAACGAGGUAACUUCUUGCUUCAUCUUCACAUAUACAUAUAUAUAACUAAAUGUACUCCACUCGACUCGUAGCUAGUUUAGAAGCUUUCCCUCUCUCCAGCGUGAAGUCUGUAUGAAUGUAUCCUAGACGUGUACUGUAGGCAAUUUCAAGUAACAACAACAACUAACAGAUACCCUGCAACCGAAAUGUGGCGGGAGAGGUCAUAAACUGUGUCUACAUACCAUCGAUAUUUAUCAAUUUUAUUCAAAUGUGUUGAGAUAUCAGGUUGAUUCUCAUAUACACGGCUCGAAGUUCUUCCUUCUGCCCGUUAUACACAUUGGCUAGAAUAUUCACACCCCACAGUGAAAGGCUACAGGGUAUGAGAACAACGAGUGCCCCAUUACCUUAUUCAAAUCAGCUACAGAAUUAGUUUAUGUUAAUUUUUAAAACGAAACUCACUCCCCAUAAAACAUUGGACUGUGUUUAUUCAGAUAACCAGCCCAGAGUUCUCAUUGCCAGGAGACUGGUCAGCCGGGCGGUGCGUCAUUCCGUCAGUUACUUCGCCGAUUGCUGCUUGAGGAUUUGCGUUUUUCUAAUUAGCUUGGCAGCAGCAGCAAUAACAACAGCUAUAACGAAAAACUUUGAGCGGGUGGCUCCGGGGGAAAGGCGGAAGGCGGUCAAAAUUUUUGAAAUUAGUUCAGUGGAACGAAGACAACAGCCGCGCAGCCGUUUGACAGCUCCCCGGGGCGUGCUCAGGCCUCAAGUCGAUGGUCACGUGAUUGCGCCGGGCGCACUGGGCGUGGCAAGCAAAUAAACGAACAAAAAAACACACAGUUGACAGCAACAGCAGCGGCAGCAACAGCAGCGGCAGGUUACAGCGAGCGAUUAGUUGACCCCAACUCCUUGAACUGUUGCUGAAAGUUAGUGUGCCAUAUUGAAGACUCCCGGACGGGGCACUCCCACGGAGCAUAACCAAAACAAACAUAGCUAGUGGCUCCUCUAAUAACACAAAGCACCAAAUGGAGCAGCUGAUGCCACGCCCAGCAAUGGCCGGGCACAUUAUGUGCAGGCACCGCAGUUGCCACAUUCAAAGGCUUCCGCACAGCUACGAUUGCUCUGUUGCCGCCUCCGAUUGCGAUCUAUGGGUGCUUAUAGGUAUCAUUGCCAUACCCCAACCCAGAUACCUCGCCCCACCGCAUCCCCCAAUCCGGACUCAGUCUUAAGUGCUUGCCGCACAUUUGCUGCUCGUCGCAGCUCAGCGAGCGUGACAUGCUCCUCAUCUUGGGGACGCCAUUAACUUCUGCUACUGCUGCUGCUGCUGCUGAUGCUGCUGGUGCUGCUGAUGCUGCUGGCCGCGCUGGAGCACAUCAUGACAAUUCUAUUAUGUAGCAUGAAUGCAGUGUAGAGCCCCCCCCAACCCCUACGCUCAGCGCCUUGCAACUGCCACCCUUUUGCCAAGGGCAAAAGUAGACAUAUCCAAGGAGAUAUCCGCGCCGUAUCUCGCUUUGUAUGUAUAUAUGUGGGGUUUUAUAUUAAAAGUUUAUUAUAAACAAGUGUAUUGUUGAUUUAACAAAUUGUAUUGCUUAGGAUGAUUAUCAUUCGAAUCAAAGUAACACGUCGUUUCGUCGUUUUGUUCUCAGCCUUCAUACCACACAGGUCCAGCGUUGAACUUUUCGUCUUAACGAGCAAACAUCUUCUGCUCUACGUCCAGUACGUUGCCCUCGUGGCUUUGCACUGUCCUCGUUGAUCGUCGUUUUUGGAUAACUCGCCGUCUGCGAAUUCGCCGUCUUCUUUGCUCGUUGUUACGCGUCGUGUAUUCGUCGUUCGUCUUUUAGCGUGUUCGUUGUCUAGGGAUUCUUGUGCUGUUGGUUGUGCACAGUGGGAUUUGGGUAUACAGCAUUUACCCAACCCACAUUCGGCCAUUCUGACUAAGCGUUCGGCCCGAAUGCUUCCUCGUCAUCUUCAUCAUCGCUGCCAAUGGACCAUGGCUUCAUAUAUUCGGCACACGUUGCAGAAUUCUUCGGCCCAUCGCAAUUACCUACUUUCUGGACAUCAUACGCGUUGUUAUGCUUAAUCUUAACGACUUGAUAGGGCCCCAAAAACUUAGGCUUUAAUUUUAGGCCUCUACCAAACUGUGUGCGUUUUAUGGCAAUAAGGUCGCCAACAUUAUAACGUCUUGCAUGCUUUCGUCUCAAAUUGUAUGUAUUUCUAUUUUCAUUUUGAAUUUUUAAAAUUUGUGUUUUUGCCUUUGCUCUUAAUUCGGUUCGAUCGUCAUUAAAUAAAGCUAUUGUUUCUUUAUUGAUUAUAUCUCGAAUCUUCCGAUCUUCUUUUGUUUUCAUUUUUACACCAACUAAAAGCUCAAAAGGUGUCGCAUCAAUACUUCUGGAAAAUGUCGAAUUAAUUGCCUGCUGUACUUGGUUGAUGUGUCUGUACCAUUUUGUUGGGUCAUCAAUGCUCAAUUUUGAGAGUACUGAAAUAAUUAUAGCAUUCAGCCUCUCGACUUGACCGUUCACUCUUGGUAGGCCUGUAGUUGUCUUAACUAGUUUUAUGCCUUCGUCGUCACAGUAUUUAACAAAAUCUUGCGAAGUAAAGGCAGAGCCCCUAUCCGUAAUGAUAAAUGCUGGGUUACCAAAUACAAUACUUUGAUUAGUUAACUUUGUAAUGACCUCGUUUGCAUUAGUAGACUUCGUUGGAUACAGCCAACAAAACUUGGUAAAUGAGUCAAUAAUCGCCAAAAUGUGUUUGUAGUCUUUAUGCGUUGACUCAAGUGGACCCAAGAAAUCGAUGUGGUAAGUGUGUAGGGGAACGUCUUCCUUCUGUAGUGGGUGUAGCAGCCCUUCUUGUUUGCCUCUUUUGCGAUUUGUUAAAAUGCAGGGAACGCAACAAUCUAUAUACUUUUUUAUCUUCUCUUCGAGGUUAGGAAUAAAGUAUUCUCGGCAAAUUAACUCUUUGGUCUUUUUUGCUGCAAAAUGGCCUUUGUCAUGAGCAUAGCCAAUAAUUCUUUUUUGCAUGUCACUGGGUACUACUAUUAACUCAUCAUCUUUUAUAAGUUUGUAUAGAAUACCUGAUUUUAUGAAGUAGUCGUCGUAUGCUUUAUUUUUAUCGGUUAAAACUUCCUUAAUUGCUUUUAUCUUUUCGUCUCGGGCUUGUGCAUCUUUCAUAGCAAUACUGAUACUAUCUUCGUUGAUUAUCAUUACUGGGUAUCUGCUUAAAGCGUCGACGUGCUUCAUUCUUGUGCCAGCUCUAUGUUCUACUGUAUAAUCGUAUUCUUGUAGGAACAUAAUCCAGCGUGCCACCCUGGUGCAUAAACUUUGUUUCUCUAGAGUUUUUGCAAAUGCAUUACAGUCUGUUACAAGUUUAAAAUGAAUACCUAGAAGAUACACUCUAAACUUCGUCAAUGCUUCUAUGACUGCCAAAAUUUCUAACUCAUAGCUGCUGUAUUUACGUUGGGCAUCUGUAGUCUUUUUUGACAUAAAGUAAACUGGAUGCAGUUGACAAUCUUCGGGGCUUUUCUGCAAUAAAACUGCUCCAAAGCCAUCAAUCGAUGCGUCUGUGUGUACCUCUGUCUCACACGUUUGAUUGUAAAUACUUAACACAGGGUUUUCAGUAAGAAGCUUUUUCAAUAAGUUAACCGAAUUCUCUUCUGCUAUUUCAAUUCUAAAUUUCGCUUUAUUCUUGGUCAUCUCCGUUAAAGGUCUAGCUAUUGUAGCAUAAUUUGGUAUAAAUUUUCUAAAAUAGCCUGUCAGGCCUAAGAAACUUUCUACCUGCUUUAUUGUUUGUGGCAUCUUAAACUUAGAUACAGCUUCAAUUUUUUCUGGUGAUGGGAAUAUCUUUUUAUUACAGAUCACAUGACCAAGAAAUUGAAUACGUUUCUUUAAAAAAUUGCAUUUUUUAAUGUUAAGCUCCAACCCAUACUCCUUGCAUGUGCCAAUAACUUCCUUUAAAUGUUGCACCGCUUCUAGCUCGUUUUUGGCUGGUAUGAUAAUAUCAUCUACAUAUGGCAAAGCAAUUCCUCUGCGUGACAGGUGACGAAAUAUCGCGUUAACAUGGCGUUGAAAAACACCUGGUGAGUUUGAAAAUCCGAACGGCACUCUCAGAAAUUGAUAUUGUCCUCGAUGUGUUACAAACGAAGUAUAUUUUCUACUUGAUUCUGCCACUGGUACGUGAAAAAAUCCAUUUUUUAGAUCAAUUGUACUAAAAAUAUUCGCUUCUUGUAAUCGAUCCAGCUGAUCCUCGAUUAGUGGUAAAGGAAAAUGGUCUUUAACAAUUACCUUGUUGAUUCUUCUAUAAUCUAUGCAUAGCCGGGUUGAACCAUUGCGCUUUUUAACAAGUACUAUCGGGCUAGUAAACUCGGAUGUAGAUUCUUCAAUUAUGCCAUUUUCAAGCCACUCAUCAAUUUGCUCAUCGACAAUACUCAUUUCCGUAAACGCCAAUCUGCGCGGCCGUGAAAAUAUUGGUGCCUCAUCUUUUACUACAAUGCGCAUCUCUACAUUUGUUGUCUUCGUCUUAUUUGGUUCAUAGUUCGAAAUAAGUUCUCGAACUUCUUGUUUAGCAUACUCACUUGCUGUGUCUUCUAUGUCGUAUACGCAGUCGAAGUCUUCAGGGCAAAUUCUUAGUAUAUUUAUCUCUUCACUGUUUGACAUUUUGCGAACUUGUAAACCGUUACGACUAAAUACAAUCUCAGCCUGUAAACAUAGUUCUUCGCCAAGAAUAACUUUGACAUCAAUACAUUUAAUUGGAACCACGUAAAAAUCAAGUAUAAACUCUUCAUCGUCAAUAAGAAUUAGAUGUUUAAAAUGUCCAGUUGGUUUUAUUUUAUUCUCACUGCGCUCACUGCCGAAUCCAAUAAGAAAAACAUUGCAGAUUUCUAGCUUCGGCUUGCCAAUUUCACAAUAAAAGUCUUCACGGAUGAUAUUGAAUUUGCUGCCAGUAUCAAAUAACGCUACACAUUUCUUAUUUGAGAAACAUACUUCUUUACAGGAUAAAUCGUUUUUGGCUUGCAAACUGCGUGUAUUUGAUAUUACGGCCUCACUUUUCUCAAUUUGUUCACAAUCUUUCGAGAUGUGACCGUAUUGAUUGCAUCUGAAACAUUUUUUUCCUUUAUUUUUAUUUUGACAAUAAUUAGACGUAUGCCCUUUUUCACCACAGUUAAAGCAUUUCACAUCUUUUUUUGCAUCUUUGCUUACGUUGAAAGCUUUUUUGUCUCUUUCUUUAACACUGCAAUCGUUACGCUUUGUUUUUUCCUUUUCGACUCGACACUCUUUUUCAAUCAUUGUUUUAUAAUAUUUCAACUUUUCUUUGAAUUGAUUUAAAUUUUUCGCACCGUAUAAUAUGGAUUUGUUUCCACCUCUCUCAUCUAUUCCGUCAAUUAAAUACUGUAUGAAAGCGUCAUCUGCAAUUUUACCUCGAGAAGCAAUGUCUUUCAUUCUAUAAAAGAAUUCGAAUACACACUCGUUGUUGCUGCGUUUCGUCUGCGCGAGCUGUUCGUGAAUUUCUUUGCUGCUUACACUUGAACUGAAUUCUGCCAAGAGUGCUCGUUUGAGAGAGUUCCAAGUGCUUAAACCUCUCUCACUCAAUACGAAGAGUUUCGCUAUUCCUUUAAGUGCCUUUUUUGCGAACAGAAACUUCUGGAAAUCGUUCCAAUGCGUGAGUGUUGCCUGCUCUUCAUAUUCUUCUAUCCACACUUCUACUGGAAUAGUGUUUGUGCCGUCAAAACAACGAAUGCUCUCUUCCACGUCGCGAAAGCUGAUCGCAAAGCGAGGAGCAAUUUCGUAAUUUUCAGCAAUUCUCCUAGUUUUCGAGUUUUCCCUAUUUCGAAGGUCAGCGGUCUGGAAUGAAGCGUUGUCUGCUUCCUCUUCUAUUUCAUUUUCGUCGUCAGUUGCUUCUUCGUCUACUUCGUUGAAUUCCAUCAAAUUGUUUUUCAUCAGAUUACGAAAAAUGUGUCCAUGCAAAUCUGCGUGAACAUAUUCUAUACCUAGAAUGUUGCAUAUUGAUACAAGGUCAGCCUGCGUUAAAUUGUUCAAUGCGUAUUCCUUCUUCGCACUAUACUCUGCGUCAUUUUCUGUAUACUCGAAGCCAGAAAAUUCGCGUAGACGUUUGCGAUUAUUUCUGUCUCCCUCAUUUUCAAAGAUGAACUUGUGCAACGCAGUUAUGCUCCCUUUUUUGCUUGAGCGUAAGCUAGCACUUAUUAAAUCAUUAAGGCACGACAUUUUUUUUUUUGAAUAGUUUUUUUUUUUUUUUUUGUUUUGCACAAUUGUUGUUGUAACGUAAGAUCGUUUUCAACUUUAUUCACUCCUGUUCAAUCUUGCACAAUCUCGCUCACUUUUGCUCACACUUGCUCAAUCUCGCUCAAUCUUGCUCACACUUGCUCAAUCUCGCUCAAUCUUGCUCAAUCUCGGACGAGCGCCCAAAAUGUGGGGUUUUAUAUUAAAAGUUUAUUAUAAACAAGUGUAUUGUUGAUUUAACAAAUUGUAUUGCUUAGGAUGAUUAUCAUUCGAAUCAAAGUAACACGUCGUUUCGUCGUUUUGUUCUCAGCCUUCAUACCACACAGGUCCAGCGUUGAACUUUUCGUCUUAACGAGCAAACAUCUUCUGCUCUACGUCCAGUACGUUGCCCUCGUGGCUUUGCACUGUCCUCGUUGAUCGUCGUUUUUGGAUAACUCGCCGUCUGCGAAUUCGCCGUCUUCUUUGCUCGUUGUUACGCGUCGUGUAUUCGUCGUUCGUCUUUUAGCGUGUUCGUUGUCUAGGGAUUCUUGUGCUGUUGGUUGUGCACAGUGGGAUUUGGGUAUACAGCAUUUACCCAACCCACAUAUAUAUAUACGAAAUAUGUGGAUGUGGGUGUGUGGGUGUGUUAAUUAAUAUUCAUCGAGCUGUAAUUACCAAAGCAAGACCCUGCUUCUAUUCUCCCCACCCGCCCCCUGCCACUCUCUAAUGCAGUCGCAGAUAAUCUCAACUGCAUGCCUCUAUCUGAGCAUCAAUAAAAAAUGAGCAUUUGUCGCUGCUGCCAGAAUGUUUCUCUGACUGAAAGUAAUUAAGAAUUAAAUUAAAUAUAUAUAUUCGAAAUUAACGAACGUACAGACAAAGCCAAAGCCUGGAACAAAGGCAAUGCAGGGAACGAAGCGAUGCUUUGGCAAACAGAAAGUAAAAUUAAGGAUAAGCCACAUAUCCUUGCACACAAUACAGAUAUAUAUAUAUAUGUAUAUAUGUAUAUAUAUGUGUUUAUCAAUUUUAAAGGCCUUGCAGCUUCUUGCAAGCCUCCCCUCACGCCCGCACAUUGUUGCGCCAGGCCCUGCUUUGUGUGAGGUCUUCGCUGGGAUUUCCGCUAUUGAAUAAUUGUGAUUGCUGUUCGGAGAUAAAAGUUAAAUGAGCAGGAAAAUAAGGAAAAUUAUAAUGGAGCUUAAUGCCACAAGAGGCCAGCAGCACAUAGUUCUCUUUAUGCACGUACAACAUAUACACUCAGAGAAAAAGUAGAGCUUGUUUUGUUCAAAGCAAACAUUUUUCAUAUUCGUCCUAGUUAAACAUUUCUUAAACUUAUCUUCGGAAGAACAUUACUUAAAAGGAUUACCCAAAGAGAUUUCAGUUUUACGAAAACAUAAUAUUAAUUCUUUGCUAUUCAUUUAAUAACUUUAUGUGUCGUUUUUCUCUGAGUGCACGAAUGCAGAUUAUUUACCAACGAAAAUUUAAACUUCAUUCAUCAAUAAAUAGCAGACUAACUGAUUCAGCUCAAAUGCUCUCAUAUUUGCAAAAGAUUUCCAUUGUUCCGACAGACAAUAAAUUGAAAACGUUUGGAAAACUACAAGACUAUUAAGAAAAGAAGACAAAGACUAGCUAAUACACUUAUCAUCAACAGUUGAUAAAACGUGAGAGAAGAGAGGCAGUUAUAGUCAUAUUAUUCUUUCAAUUGAAAUCAUACUGCGAAUGUGCUUGAAGGUACACGUCUAGGAUCGAGUGUAUUCACACCAAUUAACAUAUAUGUAAAGCUUAUAACUCACAUAGGGCUGCCAAAAUUGCAUUAAAGGCAUUUAAAAUUAAAUUCUUGACGUAAGUAGCUAAGCGAACUAAUUAAACCUCUAGUGAGAGAAAAAGUACUACCAAUAAAUCAAUAAACUGGGAUAAAGAAAAGAAGCGUAUUUCGACCUACUCAAUCAAUAUGCCAAAUUUAAUUUGUACAAUAAAAGGUUAACAGGAAAAACUAAGAACGAUAUUAAUUAUGUAAAAGGACAAAUGCAGGUAUAUAUAAAAAAAGAGACAGUCAUACAAGAAAUAACAUAAAAUGAAAAUAUUAAUUAAAUUGGAAACAUGCAUAAAUAGCUAUUAAAAGUAGAAUAAAUUUCGCAUCUCGUACUUGUAGAACUGUGUUUCUUACACUUAAGUGACACUCCCUAUAAAGCUGUCAGAAACCCGUGAGUGUAUGAAUUAUCUUUGAGCCGUAGAGGACCCUCUUUGGCGCUCUUUGACGGCUACUCACCAAGAGUGAAUAAUUUGUGUGAAUGAUUCAAUCGCUCGGAACACUAGAGUCUAUCAGUGCGUCUCCCGCAUAUACUACAUAUACACUAUCUUGCUGUUUUUUAAAUAUAACUACCGCACUUUAUAAAUAUCUCGAUUAAAACUGAAUAAUUGUUUGAAUGUGAAAUAAUUGAGAAUAUGAAAAACAUACAGUUUUAUACAGGAAAAAAAAGGAAAAAAAAAAAA